UCCCCUCCCGCAAGGCCAAGCAUUUCGCUUCUCGACUCGCCGUCCCGUCUGUGUUUCUAUGGUGGUCUGUGUUGUGUUUCUCUGGCCCAGCUCACUGGUCUCUUCCCAGGCCUUCCCAGGCCUUGGCGCUGGUUAUAACAACAACUCGUUUCUCCCAGCACUGGCAUAGCGAGUACUGAGACUAAUAUACAGCCCCCCUGCCAGCUCAGGUUGGGCCCCCGGCCGGCAUUCCCGCUCGUUUCGGUGCCACAGGCAGAGUUAGCCGAGCAGGCCGGACUUAAACGCUACAAACCCCGGUUCCCGGCUCCCUUGAUUUGUCUUCAUUGUCGUCAUUGUUGGUGCCUCUGCUUCGCUCCCUUUGAUAUAUUUCUCGCUCUUGGCCACCACCUUUUGAACCGCUCUCUUCCACCCCUCAGGAGCGGCCUGCUCAUGUCCUUCUCGGCUGUCGUAGCAGCGCAUAUCCCAACAGCGAAGCCCACCUCUUGGCACCCGACAUCGCUUGUGCCGGCCCGCGCCAAGAAAUAGUAGCGCGCCGGGUCAUCGCGCCUCGAGGCCAACAGACCAACCGUCAUGGCCGCCUCGGCCCUGCCUGAUGCGCACGCGGCCAAAAACGACAACAAUGUGGUGGCAGAGGCCGGCCUGUUCAGCUCCGACGAGAGCCAGGGCCGCCGCAGCAGGUCGUCGUCGUCGUCGUCGUCGUCUGACCGGCCGCCGCCGCCGCCGCCGCGCGAGUCCCUCAACCGCACCAAGAGCUCCGCCACCGAUGCCAGCGCCUACACCACUGCCUCGGCCACGGUCAAUCGCCUGCGUGAGGAAUGGGCCGCCCGCCCCUGGCACCGCAAGCUCAACCCCUUGCGAUGGGGCACCAUCCCGCCCAUCCCCGACGAGCGCGCAGAGUGUCCCGAGUACCGCGCCAACUUCCUGAGCAUGCUCGUCUUCUCGUGGAUGGCCCCGCUCAUGGCCACGGGCUACCACCGCCCGCUGCAGGCCACCGACAUCUGGGCCGUCAACCCGCGCCGCGCCGUCGAGCCCACCACCGACCGCGUCAGGGAAUCCUUCCGCCGCCGGGUCGCCAAAGGCGAGAAGAGGCCGCUCCUCUGGGCACUGAACGAGGCCUACCUCUGGGAGUUCUGGGCCGGCGGUAUGUGCGGCAUGGUUUCCACCCUCUGCCAGGUCAUGUCCCCUUUCAUGCUGCGCUUCCUGAUUGCCUUCGCCACCGACGCAUACCUCGCCGCCCAGCUCAGCCGGCCCCAGCCCAACCUCGGCACUGGCUUUGGCCUCGUCAUAGGCGUCACCGCCCUGCAGGUCCUUCAGAGCCUCUGCAUCAACCAGUUCAUGUACCGCGGCAUGCUUGUCGGCGGGCAGAGCAGGGCCUCGCUCAUCUCAAUGAUCUAUGACAAGUCCAUGGUGAUCUCGGGCAGGGCCAGGGCGGGAGGAGUCGACGACGGAAAGACCGAGGGACCCGCCGACGCAAAGGGCGACUCCAAGUCCAAGUCCAAGAACAAGAACAAGGGCAAGGGUCCAUCUAAAAAGCCCGCCAACGACGCCGCCGGCUGGGCCAACGGGCGCAUCAUGAACCUCAUGAGCGUCGACACGUACCGCAUCGACACGGCCUGUGGCCUGUUCCAUAUCGUGUGGACGGCCCCUGUGUCCCUUGUCAUCACCCUCGUCGUGCUGCUCGUUAACUUGGGCCCCAGCGCCCUCGCCGGCUUCGGCCUGCUCGUCAUCGGCGCGCCGCUGCUCGCGCGUGCCGUCCGCAGCUUGUUUGCCCGCCGCCGCGCCAUCAACCGCAUCACGGACCAGCGCGUCUCGCUGACCCAGGAGAUCAUGCAGUCGGUCCGUUUCGUCAAGUACUUUGGCUGGGAGGAGUCCUUCCUAAAGCGCCUCAACGGCCUCCGCACCAAGGAGGUGUCGUCCAUCCAGAUCCUGUUGGCCCUGCGCAACGGCAUUCUGGCCAUCAGCCUGUCGCUGCCCGUCUUCGCCGCCAUGCUGUCCUUCGUCACGUACUCGCUGUCCGGCAAUACCCUGCGCUCCGACAUCAUCUUCUCUUCCCUGGCUCUGUUCAACGGCUUGCGCAUGCCUCUGAACCUACUGCCCCUUGUCAUCGGCCAGAUCACCGACGGGUGGUCCUCGCUCAAGCGCAUCCAGGAAUUCCUGCUCGCCGAAGAACAGGCCGAGGACGUGGUUCACAAGCCGGAUGGCAAAAAUGCUCUCGAAAUGCAUGGCGCUGGCUUCACGUGGGAGAAGACCUCGUCGUCCGAUGGCCAAGUGAACCAGGCCAAGCCUGCCCGGGGGGUCAAGAGCCAAGCGCAGCCCGCGGAGAGCUCUGAGAAGAGCACCGGUAGCAGCUCGGCUGUGGACAAGGAGCCAUUCAAGCUCCAGAACCUCAACUUCGAGAUUGGCCGGGACGAGCUUGUCGCCGUCAUCGGUACUGUAGGCAGCGGCAAGAGCUCCCUGCUCUCAGCCCUGGCCGGCGACAUGCGCAAGACGGACGGCGAGGUGGUUCUGGGUGCCUCGAGGGCUUUCUGCCCGCAGUAUGCCUGGAUCCAGAACACGACGGUUCGGGACAACAUCACCUUUGGUAAGGACAUGGACGAGGACUGGUACCACGAGGUGAUCAAGGCUUGCGCACUGAAACCUGACCUCGAAAUGCUGCCAAACGGCGAUUUGACCGAAAUUGGUGAGCGUGGCAUCACCAUCUCCGGAGGCCAGAAGCAGCGGCUCAACAUUGCGCGAGCCAUCUACUUUGACGCCGACAUUGUCCUGAUGGAUGACCCCCUGAGCGCCGUCGAUGCCCACGUGGGCCGCCACAUCUUUGACAAUGCCAUCCUCGGUCUCCUCGGAAACAAGUGCCGUAUUCUGGCCACGCACCAGCUCUGGGUCCUCAACCGCUGCGACAGGAUCAUAUGGAUGGACGGCGGCAAGAUCCAGGCCGUCGACACCUUUGACAACCUGAUGAGCGGUCACGCCGGCUUCCGGCAGCUGAUGGAGUCGCAGUCGCUAGAGGGGAAGAAGGACGAGGCCGAAGAGAGCACGCCGGGCGCCUCGGCAGAUGCCGGUGCUGACGAGGCGGAGAAGAAGACCAAGCUGAAGAAGGGCAAGUCUAUGAUGCAAACCGAGGAGCAGGCCGUUUCGAGCGUGCCGUGGUCCGUAUAUGGCGACUUCAUCCGGGCGUCAGGAUCCAUCCUCACCGCGCCCGCGACGCUCGUGCUGCUUCUCGUCUCGCAAGGGGCCAACAUUGUCACCAGCCUGUGGCUUUCAUGGUGGACGGGCGACAAGUACGGGUUCGCCCCGCCCGUGUACAUGGGCGUGUAUGCCGGGCUCGGCGUGGUGCAGGUGGUGCUGACCUUUGGCUUCAUGGUGGCGCUCUCCAUCUUCGGCACGCGCGCGUCCAAGCUGAUGCUGCGCCGCGCCAUGGCCCGCGUCCUGCGCGCGCCCAUGUCCUUCUUCGACACGACUCCGCUGGGCCGCAUCACCAACCGCUUCAGCCGCGACGUCGACGUCAUGGACAACAACCUGUCGGAGAGCAUGCGCAUGUACUUCUUCUCCGUGUCGUCCAUCCUGUCCGUCUUCGCCCUCAUCAUCGCCUUCUUCCACUGGUUCGCCAUCGCCCUCGUCCCGCUCUCGUGCGCCUUCCUGCUCGCCACCGUCUACUACCGCGCCUCGGCCCGCGAGGUGAAGCGUUUCGAGUCCACCCUCCGCUCGUCCCUCUUCGCCCGCUUCGGUGAGGGGCUCAGCGGCGUGGCCUCGAUCCGCGCCUAUGGGCUGCAGAGCCGUUUUGCCCGCGACCUGCGGCGCUCCAUCGACGACAUGAACGGCGCUUACUUUCUGACCUACUCGAACCAGCGCUGGCUGUCGGUCCGGCUCGACGCCGUUGGCGCGUGUCUCGUGUUUGUGACAGGAGUCCUCGUCUUGACGAGCCGCUUCGACGUGCCGCCCAACAUCGGUGGCCUGGUGCUCUCGUACAUCCUGGCCAUCGUGCAGAUGCUCCAGUUCACCAUCCGCCAGCUCGCCGAGGUGGAGAACGGCAUGAACGCCGUCGAGCGCCUGCGCUACUACGGCACCGAGCUCGACGAGGAAGCCCCGCUGCACAUCAAGGGCGCCGAGAUGCGUCCCUCGUGGCCCGAGACGGGCGAGAUCUCGUUCGAAAACGUCGAGAUGCGCUACCGGGCCGGCCUGCCCCUGGUGCUGCGCGGCCUGGACAUGCGCGUGAGAGGCGGCGAGCGCAUCGGCAUCGUUGGCCGCACGGGUGCUGGAAAGAGCUCCAUAAUGAGCACCCUCUUCAGGCUCGUCGAGCUUUCCGGCGGCCGGAUCCUUAUCGACGGCGUUGAUAUCGCCACCAUCGGCCUGGCCGAUCUGCGCUCGCGCCUGGCCAUCAUCCCGCAGGACCCGACGCUGUUCAAGGGCACUGUGCGCAGCAACCUCGAUCCCUUUGACGAGCACUCGGAUCUGGAGCUGUGGGACGCCCUCCGCCAGGCAGACCUUGUGGGGCCUGAUGGCACGGCGCCCAUGGCCAGCACGGUCCCCGCCCAGGAGGGCCAGGCAGAGACGGCAGAAACAACGACCGACAACGACAACAACAACAACAACAACGCCAAAGCAGUCACGUCCCGGAUCCACCUCGACUCGAUCGUGGAGGAGGAGGGGCUCAACUUCUCGCUGGGCCAGCGGCAGCUGAUGGCGCUGGCGCGGGCGCUGGUGCGGGGGUCGCGCAUCAUCGUGUGCGACGAGGCGACGUCGUCGGUCGACAUGGAGACGGACGCCAAGAUCCAGGCCACCAUGGCGGCCGGGUUCCGGGGCCGCACGCUCCUGUGCAUCGCGCACCGGCUGCACACCAUCGUCGGCUACGACCGCAUCUGCGUCAUGGACCAGGGCCGCAUCGCCGAGCUGGACGACCCGCUCGAGCUGUGGCGCCGCGGCGCCGGCGGCAUUUUUCGGGGCAUGUGCGACCGCAGCGGCAUCCGCGAGGAGGACAUAAUCGCCGCGAGGCAGGGGCUGGGGCUGGGGCUGGUCACCGGCGGCGGAAAUGGGACCAAAGACGACGAGGAGGGACGGGAGGAAAAGUCGGGAUGAAGAAAGGAAAGGACUGGUUCAUAACGGCAUCAAAAGUAAAUCUUAAUAAUAUGAUGACUACGCAAAAUCAUAAUCGGGGCAGAUUCGGUAGUAUCUCCGGAUAUCUCUGCACCGGCAGUGGGUCGCUGUCAUUUGUUAUGGUUCGCAUCGUGCCACUUUAGAGUUUGGUUGUUGAGCAAGCC